UUUCGUAACUGUUUGGCGUCCGUCGGAGAAGAUGGCGGCGGCAGAGUUAAAAAGGAAUCAAGUUUUACAAGAAGAAAUUAUUAUUAAACAAAAUGCUUCAUCUCUUGAUUGUCAAAAAAAAAUCGACGACUGUAGAUUUAGAAUACUCAAUAUGAUAUUGUACAUAUUUUCCAUUGGAAUUAUCCUGACAAAUAUUGUGACAGAUAUUGUUGUAACUACUGAAUAUUUUUUACGAGGAUGUCACGUGUGGUUUUAUUUGGAAAUUGGUAUUUUGUUUAUACCAACAAGCCUUGUACAAAUUCUCAGUUUAAAAUGGUAUCACGAGGAUGGAAAUCUUAAAAAGAUUCAUUGGAUAUCGCAUGUAUUUUUAAUCGGAAUUUUAUAUAGAUAUGUAGUAUUACUGAAAGAAGUGUUUAAAAGUUUUAACACAAAAUACUCGGCGAAGAGUAAAGACUGGAUUUUAAAAAAUGAAAAUAAUGUCUAUACGUUACAUUUACUUGUAUCGUUUAUUGUCUCCGUGCCACAAUUAAUUUUUCAACUCUAUCUUAUGGCGAUAGAGCAAAGUGUGCCUUUCUGGACUGGUGCAUCAGCAGCAACGUCGCUUUGUUCCCUAACGUGGGCCAUAUCAGGAUAUAUAAAAUUUAAACUUGGCACGCAUUGGAGUCAUCAAAAAUCAAAAUGGUCAGCUCUCAUUGUUCAACUUUGUUGGCGAGGCGGUUUACUCGCUUCAAGAAUCACGGCUUUAGUUCUGGCCGCAUUUUGCUUAGAAUGCUGGCUUUUUGUCUUUCUAGGUAUUCACAGUUUAAUUAUGACCGCAUGGAUAACAUUACAAAAUAUCCCCACGAGAAAAUUAUGGUCAAACUACAUAUUCAACUACAUAUUGGGUUUGAUCUACUUUUUCGAUAUUUUCCUCGUGAAUAGCGAUUAUAUUUGGUAUCGAAUUUGCUCCUACUACGUUUUAACUAUGAUUCAAAACGUAACGCUCUUAAUUGUCUAUACAUUUUACAUCCAAGAGGCAUUGAGUACAAAUAUUUUUGUCAUUCUCUACAUUUUAAUACUCGGCGGUUCAUUUUUUGGCCUGGCGAGUAUGUUUCUCUACUAUCGUAAAUUUAAUUACGAUAAAAUUUUUAAAGAAAGUUUACAAAUCUCCAAACAUCUCGAUAAGAAAAAUUUACAAUCCGACACAAUAGGAGGUUUAAAUGAAGAAUCACGUGUCGAUAAUUCACCGACAAUUAUUGCCCUCUCCGAAGAAGUAACAGCAGACAAAAAAUCAUUAUUAACGAAUAUUGAACAAAAUACGGAAACAAUAGAGAGGGGAAUUCUUAAUUCAAGUUUCAUAAAGACUGACGAUCAGGAAGAAGUGCCGGAAGUUAUAGUCGAAAGUAAAAUUGAUUCACCAGGUUCGUUGAAAAAAUACGAGGCGAAGAUUGACGAAAUUUUCGAAACAAUGAAAGAUGCGAAGGUGCAGCAGGAAAUUGGGAUUACAAGGGAAAAUAGUGAUAAAAGAAGAGGAAUUUGUUCACUAACGCAAUUGGUGACCGAUGUUGAUAAUUAUGUGGAGAAAACAUUUUCUCUUUCGUCCUAUGAGGAGAAGCAUAAAUUGAAGGGUUUUAAGGUUGUUCCCCUGGCUCAGGACGAUUCGAAUGAUAUUUACGUAGUUCCGGAGAAUAUAAAAGUACGUCAAAGAAUGAAUACGCCGGUUAUUUCGGAAACAAACGACAGUGAGAAGACAAAUUCCCAAAAGGACGAGACAAUGAGUCAAAUAACAUCGAUACACGAUUAUGAAAAUCUCUGUCCAUUGGGAGUGGCACGUCCUCCCUGGUGUAUUCGCAGUUGGAGAGGCUACACGGACAUUGAGACUUAUAUUCACGACGAUAGUAUUGUUCGCGACAGAAGAAGAGACACUUUGACGAGUACAGCAACAGCAACAACGCUUAGUUCCGAUUUCUCCGAUGGCACCUACUCGAAUUCUCCCUUCAAGAGAUUUAUGAAAAAUUCCCGUCAAGACGACUAUUUGGACACACUCGUCUACGAUCUAGUCGACUGGGAUACGAACGUCUUCAACGAGGAGGAUUCAGUGGGAAAAUUUCAAAACAACGAGGAAUCGAAUUUAUUCGCAGCGAAACCAAUCGUCAUUGACGAUCGAGGCGGAAUGCUAGCUCUAGAUACAAUAAUCGAAGAGCACGAGGAAUUGACAAGCAGUUCGGAAAGUAAUUUCGAUCCAAAACGAUCAGUCAGCUCUCUAGUGGCGACAAUCGACGAAAUAAGAAAAUACGCCGCUGAAAAUUCACCCCGUCACAUAUAUCAUCGUACCGAGAAGCAAUACGAGGAUCUAAGUCACUGUAUCUUCAUGAAGAAGAAUCAAAACAAAAAUAACGAAACCCCAUGGAAUCUACUAUUCAUAAAGGAUAAUAAUUCUCUGGACAUAUCGACAAUUUCAUCCCGUGUGUCAAUGGGAAAAAUACCAUUAAUAAGUGCCAUUUUAUCAGAUUCGCCGGUUCUUGAAUCACGAACAAAAAACGAAAAAUACACAAAAGACGAUAUUAACUUAUCCAACGAUUUUACAAUAGACGAAUUGAACGAAGACAAUAAUGUCUACGUCGAAAUGAAGGCGCUCAAAGCGGAGAAUUUUAAUAAUUUCUACAAGGAAUUAAAUAAUUCCCUCUGCGAAGUUCUCAAGGAGAACGAAAUUAAAGAUGAAAGACCAAUUUCAUUAUUGAAGAUGACAACAGAUGAGAAAAAUUCCGAUAAUUUAUCACCGAAAGAAAAUGAAAAACGACGAAGAUCAAUAUGUCGACCAAGAAGAAAAUUCUCAUUGUUACGUGAAAAAUUUGAAAUCAAAUCAAAACCUUGUUUAAAUCAAACAAUUUUGAAUGCAAAUAAGGGAAUAUUGAGAGAUUUUGAUAUUUAUGAUAAUUCAGUAGUUGUUUAUGAAAAAGAAAAUUUGCCUGAUAAAAUUUUUGAUGAGAAAGAUUGUGAGGAAUUGAGAAUUGAAGAUAUUGGUUGUAAUUUAAAGGAGAGGAGGAGUAUAUUUUUAAAGCAAGUAUUGUCACCGCCGAAAUUUCCCAAUUGGAGUAGAAAAAAAGUCUUUAGUCCAAGCGAUGAAAUCAUUCCUAAAGCACUUUGAAAAAUGUGACGAAAAAAAAAAAUUCUGGUAUUAUUUACAUUUUAUUAUUUGUGAAAUAUAAAAUGUAAUGAUCUCAUGAUAUUACGUUAUAUACAUCUAAGUCUAUCAUAGAGUAUUUUUUUAAUUCUCGCGUCUAGUUAUUUAAGUGCCUUAAAUAUAGGGAGACAAACAGAAAAAUCAAAUAUCUAUUAAACGAUAUUGAUUGAAUUCACAAUUUGAUUUGAAAAAAAGUUCAAAGUUGAUACAAUGAUUUCAAAUUUUUUCGAAAAUUCUCAAUGUUCAAAAUGAAGAGAAUAUUUUUCGAUGCAGAUAUUUAAAAUAUUAAUUAACAGAAUUAAUAUAUUAAAAAUUAAUAACGUAAAUUAAACAUUUUUGGUACUUUAAAAAAAUUUUUUUUAAUACUUAACAUAAUGAAAUUUAGAUUAAAAAAAUUUAUUCAC